GAAUAUACAGGUGAUGGAUCCAGGUUUGUCUUAUCUGGAUGAUCAGCGGUUGUAMAGUCAUUUUAUUACAUUCGUCAGUACAAUUAGACUUAAAUAUUUGAAUGGUACUGCAGCAGGAAGGAAAGAUGGCCUGUGUUGCAAGAAAUUACGAGAAAACGAAAGAUAACAAAAGUAUUGCUGAAAGUACACCAGAUGAGCAAGAACAGCCUGAUUCUUGUUCAUCGUUAUUUGAAGACUUUGCAACCUCGACUAGUGCGCAUGGCAUUGGCAAGAUAUACGCUGCUAAAAGCCAUUUCGGUCGUGCACUAUGGAUUCUGAGCGUCUGUUUCGUGUAUGGGGUGAUGUUGUGGAUGAGUACACAACUUCUCCUACGCUACUUGAGCAAACCUGUGAUAUCCAGAGUAGAAGUCACCCAGGAGGAGUCUCUGGCAUUUCCUGCCGUAACGAUUUGCAACCAGAAUGCGCUAAUGAAAAAAUAUACAAAAAUAAAUGCCAAAAAACUUUWUGAUCUGAUGGAAAAGUACACGAAUGUCAGCCGGAMCACCGYUAAUGUAAGUAUACAAGUUAUUUGGUUCAGUGGUCCUCGUUUCUUUUUAAUGACUGCAAAAACUAAUAAAGCCUAAUUCUUGUAGGCAACGAGCCCAGUUUCAGAGCGCUCGGCUGACGUUCUGAGAAACGCCGACGACCCACAAACAACAGCUCAGACCACAACAAGCUCUGCAAAAAUAGUAAAGAAACUCCGAAAAAAGGAAAAGCAAAGAAGAAAAACAGCAAAUGAUACAACAGGCAAUACUGGACAAGAGACGAAAACUGGGUGGAAAAAGGGGGAAUUGAAGAAUGUGAUAGUUCAAGAAAAGAAGUCUGAAAUACCGACRAGGAAAAGAGAGUACCGUAAAAGUAAAAAGAACACAGCMUCCAGAAAGCUGCACAAAUUGUUUGAAAAUGCUACAGUUGAYGAAGAAACCGCUUUGGCACACCUUGCUGAGUUGGUGAUGAGGCAAAUGCCACCUGAASAACUAAGGCCACUUGGRCAUGCUUUAGAUGAACUUGUAGUUGACUGCAAGUGGUCUGGCUUUAAGUGUAACUCUGGUUCUCUUAAGAAUCUUUGGACAAAUUUCUGGCACUGGAAGUAUGGAAACUGCUAUACCUUUAACGCUGGGAUACUAGCAGACGGUGAGAAGUAUCCUCCCUUAAACGUCGAUAAACCAGGGCCAUAUAAUGGCCUUGAACUAUUGAUAGAUGUGAARCAGAACCAGUACAUGUCAUUAACCGAUCAAGCUGGAGUAAGAGUUGUCCUUACAGACCAGGGAAAGAUGCCCUUCCCAUUCGACGAAGGUUUUAGUGUCUCGCCUGGRUUUUUCACAUCUGUGGGCAUCAGAAGAGUCAAUACGAGGCGAGUCGACCCUUUUGGCAACAACAGCUGUAUCGGCGAUGAUGACAAGUUUUCAAAAGAAAACAUUUAUAAAAUGAUGUUCAAAGUUGAUUACUCCGUGCUGACGUGCAGGAAAUCUUGCCUGGCCAUCAAGCAGCGUAGAAAGUGUAAUUGUACCGAGACACGMUUUCCAUUGAAUGGCACCUCACCUUGCCAGAUCGGCGAGCAACAGAAGUGUGCCGAUGAAGUCUUCAGUAUUUAUCAGAAGAAAGCCACUGAAUGUGCAAAGAGUUGCCCCGAACCGUGCUUAGAAAAUCAGUUUCGCUACACUAUUUCAAACUCCAAGUGGUCACGACAAUAUAGUGACAGGAUGUCAAGUUCAWAUARYYAUAGAUUCGGGGGGGAUCCUUCAGCUCUCGGAAAUAACUACUUGAAGUUGUCAAUAUUCUACGAACACCUUUCGCUUGAAAGAAUAAUAUACGAAGAGGCUUAUCCGCUGCCAAAUCUUCUUGCAGACUUUGGGGGUCAACUCGGUUUGUGGAUAGGUCUGUCUGUGUUGAUUGUCGGAGAAAUCAUCGAAUUGCUGUACAAACUCGCAACAGUGCCAUGCAAGAAAAGGACAAACAACCGACACAUUUCCAAUAUUUGUAACAACUCCUCCCAUGAAGAGUCACAUAUGUGAACUGAGAGCGAGUCUUAAACAAGUCUAAACGCUAAAUUCUUGUAAAUUGCCAGUAGAACUGUAUAACGAUGAAACCAAAUGCAUGCCGAUAUAAACUAAGAGACACAAUGUUUUUUUACUUUAAAAGAGUUUGUUAUCCUAGAUUAAAGAUUUCUAAACUACUACAUCAAUGUAAAAAAUAAAUAAACGAAAACAUUCCAGCAAAUCUAACACGAAUCUCGUCAGUUUUUCAAAAUUUUCACCCUCCCCUCCCUAAGUGAGAAGUUUUAAUAAAGAACCCAUAAUGCUUUGCAACCUCGAAAGAUCAAGAUGGCGACCGCCAUGGAGUUAGGUAAGCUCAAUGUUUUUCUCAGUUUAUUGCAUAUUUCAACGCUAGUUUUCUAUCUCUUUAAAUAUUUAAGUGUUAAGUAGGCUCAAAAGAGAAUACUCUGAUGAUAUUCUCGAGGCUUUGUGGCUUUUUCGUUGAUUUUCU